GUGCUACAAAGUACACAGACAAAGACAAUGGAGGGAUGCUUGUAUGGUCUCCCUAUCACAGUAUUCCAGAUGCCAAAUUGGAUGAGUAUAUUGCAAUUGCAAAGGAGAAGCAUGGCUAUAAUGUUGAACAGGCACUUGGCAUGCUGUUCUGGCAUAAACAUAACAUUGAGAAGUCCCUUGCUGAUCUCCCUAAUUUCACUCCCUUUCCGGAUGAGUGGACAGUCGAAGAUAAAGUCCUGUUUGAGCAAGCCUUUAGCUUUCAUGGGAAGAGCUUUCACAGGAUUCAGCAAAUGCUUCCAGAUAAGACAAUUGCAAGCCUUGUAAAAUAUUACUAUUCUUGGAAAAAAACUCGCUCUAGGACAAGUUUAAUGGAUCGCCAGGCUCGUAAACUAGCCAAUAGACAUAAUCAGGGGGACAGUGAUGAUGAUGUGGAAGAAACACACCCAGUGGAUGGAAAUGAUAGUGACUAUGACCCUAAAAAAGAAGCCAAAAAAGAGGGUAACAGUGAGCAGCCAGUCCCAACUAGCAAGAUUGGACUGGGCAGGAGAGAGUAUCAGAGCUUACAACAUCGCCAUCAUUCUCAGCGCUCUAAGUGCCGUCCACCAAAGGGCAUGUACCUGACCCAGGAAGAUGUGGUUGCAGUUUCUUGUAGUCCCAAUGCAGCCAACACCAUCCUGAGGCAACUGGACAUGGAACUGAUCUCACUAAAACGCCAGGUUCAGAAUGCUAAGCAAGUAAACAGUGCACUUAAACAGAAAAUGGAAGGUGGGAUUGAAGAGUUCAAACCUCCUGAGUCAAAUCAGAAAAUUAAUGCCCGUUGGACCACAGAGGAGCAGCUUCUAGCAGUGCAAGGUGUCCGCAAAUAUGGUAAAGAUUUUCAAGCUAUUGCAGAUGUAAUUGGCAACAAGACUGUUGGCCAAGUGAAGAACUUCUUUGUAAACUACAGGCGUCGGUUUAACUUAGAGGAGGUAUUGCAGGAGUGGGAAGCAGAACAAGGAACCCAGGCUUCUAAUGGUGAUGCUUCUACUUUAGGGGAGGAGACAAAAAGUGCUUCUAAUGUGCCAUCAGGGAAGAGCACUGAUGAAGAAGAGGAGGCACAGACCCCACAGACUCCUCGGACUCUGGGUCCAUCACCUCCUGCCCCAUCAUCCACUCCAACACCAACAGCCCCCAUUGCCACUCUGAACCAGCCUCCGCCACUGCUUCGUCCAACACUGCCUGCUGCCCCUGCUCUUCACCGGCAGCCUCCUCCUCUGCAGCAGCAGGCUCGGUUCAUCCAGCCCCGGCCAACUCUAAAUCAGCCUCCACCACCUCUCAUUCGCCCUGCUAAUUCCAUGCCACCCCGUCUAAACCCAAGACCAGUGUUGUCCACGGUUGGUGGUCAGCAGCCACCAUCACUAAUCGGAAUUCAGACAGAUUCACAGUCCUCACUGCACUAAAACUAAGUUGGACUACGCUGCAGUAACUUUCCACCCCAUCAUACCAGUGCUCAUCUGACUGAUGCAAAAAAGGAAAACAAAAUCCUUCCUAGAUUCUGAGGCUGCAAAAUAAUUCUGUGGCAGUGGACUAACAUUAAGUGGAUGUCUUAAGAAUUUUUUCAGUUCUCAAAACUAAAAUGUUACACAACAAAAAGCUUCCAGGUUACCCUCCUUUUUAGAAUAUGUGUUUACCAAUAUGAUCUCAUGAAAGAAAAAAAAAAGAUUUAAGUAUUCUAUAUACCAAGAGGAUUUUUGUUUUUACUAUAUUUAUUUUAUUGAGCUGCUUUAUAUUCCUGCCUCUUCAUAGUCAAGGCUCUUAGUACAGGAUUAUUGACUUAGAAAUUGUGAAAACUCCUUAAGUUUUUUAAGUUAAGGAUGUUUGGACUUUUUUAUUUAAUUAAAAAAAUUUCCUAUGUUAGGAGUGCAAGAAUAAAUAGCCUGCAUUUCAGAUUAUAUAUGUUCACUGUAUUCAUAUUUAAAAAAUUAUAGCUCCAUAUCCCUUUUUUCAAAAUAUGUUGCUUUUUUUCUAAAGGAAUUUAAAUAUGUUCCUUUAAAAGAAAGCACUUUUAAUCAAUUGCAAAGCAAUUAUAUGAAACCACAAAGAAUGUACUGAACCUACUAACCCUUUAACACACAGUUUAGGGUCCUAAUACAAAGUCCUUAUUUAAAGGUCAUUGACCCUGUCAUCUGUAGUAUAAGAGGAUUGGAUAAUAAUUUUACAAAUGAGGACUUAAUUUGCUGAAAUAGAUCUUUAAGUUCCUUGCAAUGUAGUUAAUUCUAAAAAAAAAAUUUAUGUUUCUAAAUGCUAUUUGCUGUUGCUAGUAGCUGCCUACAUUUGGAGACUUUAGAAGAGAAUUACAUUUGGUCAAAUAUGUAGAGAUGGUGGUUAUAGAAACCUUUACAAUACCCCUUUUUGUGUUUAGGUUCUGGACUUAAAAUUGCCUUCAUACUUAUUAAUAUAGUCUACAUUUAAUAUGAAGGGUAUUUUGGUAAAUCUCUAUUGUACUAGUCAGAUACAUUUAUGUAUUCCUUGCAACCAACCUGUACUCAAGGGUUUGAUUUAGGGUUAAAUCAACAUUAUUUCAUAAAAUGAAUUUAAGAUUUUGUUCUGCAUUAUCUAAAAAUGUGUCAGUAUAUUGUCACAAUUAUGCUGUUAACUAAAAAAAAAAAUACUUCAAGUCUUCUUGAUUCAAUACAUAAUCAUUAACACACCUGUGAGAAGUAUUUCCAAGUGAUAGUAUUUCAACAAUGUGUCCCUGAUACUUUUGAUCUGAUGAUUUCAUAUUGGAAUCAGGACUGUGCCGAGGGACAGUUAGAUCACCUUGCUGUGCUAGUGGAACAUGGGCUAAAUGUUUGCACAUGGACAUUCUCAUCCUAUUUAAGACCCCUUCACCAAAUAGUCGCCAUCAAAGGGCCCAGUGUCAGUUCUGAGAGGUCUUGUAUUCCUAAGGUAUUGGGAAAACAGUCCCUUCCAUUGGCUCUACAGCCUGAAAGGGAUGUAGAUCUAAAUUCAUACAUGAGUUUUAAUAUUCAAGUUUAGGAUGCUACAUAACUGAAAACACUUUGCAGGAUAGGGCCUUUUCUUUCUCAUUGGAUCAUAAAUAGUUCCUGCCCUGGAUUAUAAUCAGAUAAAAUUUAACUGAUUUAAAAUUGUUGACAUUAAAAAAUGUAUACUUAAUUUUACUUUAGAAGCCAUGGGAGAGUUAUAUAAAAAGAAAAUAUCUAGAUUUUUUAAAGCACUUAGACUGUCUUGCACAUGUGCAUUCUAUACCUUGACAGCUUUCAUUGUCUUGUCUCGUCAGUGGGCCUCCAGUACCUGGCAUGUGAGAUGUGCCCGUCAAGUUGGUCAGCACCAGCAUCUGUCCAGCUGUUCAGUACAUUGUGAGUCACUUAAAGUCUGUUCUACCCCAGACAUGGGCCAUGGUGCUGUAUCUAAGGGAUGUGCUGUAAUUUUAUUUACAUGCAUUAGAGCACACAGUAGAUGUUUUAGCUUCAUUAGUAAUAUGACAUGUAUAUAGUGAGAUGUCUUUAUUGUGUGCUUUGCAUAUUUUGUAAAUAUUUUGCACGUCAUUAUUUUCUUUUUUGUUUAAGCAGUGUUUGGCCUGGAAGAGUGAUAUGCUUGCUGCUUAAUCAAAGGAUUAAAGAUUUAAAGAUGUCUAUGUCUUCUAUUUUUAUAUAAUUUCAUGUUGUAUGAGGAAUUUAGGACCUCUUCACUGUGAAAUUCUAUUGAUUUUUAUAAAAAGCCAAACCUAGAAAUCUUUUAAUGACCACUUUCAUUCUGAGGUUAAUCAUUUUUGAAAUAAUCUACACCAAAGUGUUUUUAUUACAUAACUGAAAAUAAAUCACAUUGUUGAUGCACCUGGUAAAA